AUGUCCGAUCCCGCAAAUCGCAUCGCUCUCUGGGGGACGAUUGGAACCUGGCUCAGCCCUGUUUACGGACCUGUCGUUACCUCGAUUUGGAGCUACAUGGUGGGUUUCGUGCAAUCACAUUACAAACACAACGCCCCCACUCAGGACAUCGAUCUUGAAGCUGGGGUGCCUUCCAGUGACCAGGUCCGUAAGUUGAUCGCUGAGAUUAGCCUCAAUACUCGUGCCGUCACAAAGCAUCGGGAGAAAAUUGACGAGGUCCAGCAGUCUCUGGAAGAAAUAUCAAAACUUCUGAAGCUGAAGCCCUAUGAGACUAUACCCGCGGACCCCCGUGAAACCAGUGAUAGUCCUCAUCGCCAGGCUUCCUAG